AUGGACGACAUUGACUCCAUGUUCAGUGACCUGAUGGAUGAAAUCGACCUUCUCGCUCAGACGAUUGAGGUAGAGAAGGCCCCAUCUGAAUCGUCUUCCAACUCGAACGAGGAGCUACACCUUUCCAUUGGCUUCAGAGAUUUAAAUGAGUCUCUGCAGGAGCUGGAGGAAAGCGACCUGGACGCUCUGAUGGCUGAUCUGGUGUCAGAUCUUGCGCAGGCAGAGAAGACGCUGAAUGAAGGGACCUGCAUACAGUCAUCCUCUGUCUGUAACACGGCCGAAGCCCAGACCACAGACAGCAGGUCUCCAGUAGACCCCUUUCCCAGUCCCAGUUUUCCUCCACCUGCCCCAGGCUUCUCCAGUCUUCAACCAUCAGCUCUGAAUCCAUCCAAUGUACCUCCACCAGCAUCAAAUCUCCCUAGUUUUUCUUCACCUUCUCCAGCCAAUGUCCCCGCACCAGUACCGGCCUCAUCCAGUUUCCCUGCACCAUCUUCACUCUCAGCCGAGACCCUCUCAGAGACAACCACACAUCUUGCCGAGGUAGAAGCAGAAGCACAGACCAAAGAAGAAAAAGUCAAACUUGCUCUAGAAAAGUUGAAAAUGGCCAGAGUAAAGAAGCUGGUGGUAAAGGUUCUGAUGAGCGAUGGCAGCUCUAAGACACUGAUGGUGGAUGAGAAACAGACGGUGAGAGACGUGCUGGAUUGCCUGUUUGAGAAGACACACUGCGACUGUAAUGUAGACUGGAGUCUGUGCGAGAGAAACCCCAUCCUGCAUAUUGAAAGAGGAUUCGAAGAUCAUGAACAUUUAGUGAACCAUUUGUCAGCCUGGACCAGAAACAGUGAGAAUCAGGUUCUCUUCCUUCAGAGACCAGACAAAUACUCCAUCUUCAAGGAUCCACAGAUUUACUACCUUUGGAAGAAGAACAGAGACAACCUAAAGGAUGCAACACAAAAGGAUAAAGAAUUACUUUUAAAGGACUGUUUUGAAGGACAGACUGUCAUUGUCCCAGACCUGGAGGGUGCCCUGUUUUUGAAAGAGAAUGGGAAGAAGAUUUGGAGACGCCGCUACUUCCUCCUCAGGGCCUCUGGAAUAUAUUAUGUGCCAAAAGGAAAGACUAAGACCUCCCCCGACUUGGUGUGUUUUGUUCAGUUUGACAAUGUGAACGUGCACUACGCCACAGACUAUAAGAACAAAUACAAGGCACCCACAGACUUCUGUUUCGUUCUCAAGCACCCUCAGAUUCAGAGAGAGUCAGACUACAUCCGCUUUCUGUGCUGUGAUGAUGAACAUACUCUCUUCCUGUGGUUGUCAGCCAUCAGAGUGGCAAAGUAUGGACUGCAGCUGUACACAAACUACCAGGCAGCAGUGAGGAGGGCAAUCCAAACUUCACUUGGGAACAGCUUCUCUGCAGCAGGUACAGCGACAGGGGUGACAUCUAACGGACACACUGAACUUAUUUCCCCAGGCUCCUCACUGCCCCAGCAGAAUUCAGAUAAUUCGAAUGACCUGACAGAAAAUGGCUUCAAUGAACCUCCGCCAGAUUUCGUGCCCCCGUCACCUCCACGACGGCGUUUGGGGCCCCUCAACUGA